ACGCUGGUAGAAGUCCAAAGUUCAGCAAUCGAACACUUGUUUUGUUAGUAGCCUCAAGCUGUUGAUUAAGUCCAGAUGCAUUGCUCUGCCAUCAAACAUUAACCUUGGUUCAUAUUCACUCUCAGUUUUUGGAAGUUAUCAAAUCACAAACGAUGAGCAGCAAAUUAUUCAAAGCCGUUAUCAUGGGAGCUCCUGGCUCUGGUAAAGGCACAGUGUCUUCCCGGAUUGUUAAAACUUUUAACCUGAAGCAUAUCUCCAGCGGAGAUAUGUUACGGAGUAAUAUCGAACAAGGUACCGAGCUAGGUAAGAUAGCAGAAAAGUAUAUUAAAGACGGAAAACUAGUACCGGACAUUUAUAUAACCAAAUGCAUCCUGAACGAACUAACGAAGCUUGAGACCAAUUCAUGGCUGUUGGACGGUUUCCCGCGAACACCGGAACAAGCGGAAGACUUAUGGCGCCAGGAGAAGAUCAAUUCGGUUAUUAAUUUGGACGUGCCUUUCGAUGUGAUCAUCGACCGUUUACGCAGCCGUUGGGUUCAUCUGCCCAGUGGCAGAGUCUAUAACAUUGGCUUCAACGACCCUAAGGUGCCGGGUAAGGACGACGUAACUGGUGAGCCACUAAGCCAGCGACCUGAUGACGAUCCGGUGGCGGUGCGGAAACGCUUGGAAAUUUACGAAGCGUGCACCAGGCCCUUGAAUGAGUAUUUCGACAAAAAAGGAGUGUUAGUUACAUUUAGUGGAAAAACAACUGAUGAAAUAUGGCCCAGUGUGAAGCAAUACCUGGAAAAUAAGAUUCUUUAAUUAGCAGAACAAAAUUUAAUGUGAGUUAUAGCCAUUUUACUGGGAAAGUUACUAUAAUUAGAGUAUGUUUAUGUAAUACUGACCAUCAGUUGUAAGCACAAAAAGUUUCGUUAUCAGUAGACCAAACAUUCACUUAGGAAAACAAUGAUGUAUUCUAAGACUGAUAAGGCAUUUUGGGCAUUUAUUAGCAUUAGGUUAUAAGAGAUAAGAAACGUUGGGUGCUAUAGAUGCCAAUUAUGAUCGUUUGUAAUGAAUAUGCAUAACAGAAAAUACAAAUUUCUUAUAAACUACAA